AUGUUGCCAAUAUCUAAACAGACUUCAAAUGGAUUUUCAAUUGAUUCAAUUAUCAAUACAAAUAAAAGUGAUUCCUUGAGGGGAAACUCAACCGAAUCUCGGAAUGAAGCCGAAUAUCUACGACCGAGUUCGGGAUCUCGGAGCGAACUUUUCGCCAUUAAUGGCAGAAUUCCACCUUUACAUCCAGCUGUUCCUCUCCAUAUCCGAAAUUUAUUAUUAGCAGGAGACACUGUGGGGACCCUUCACCCGGAAUUAUUACACUUUGGCCAAUCUCCUUGGCCACUACCCAGUUCCACGCUGUCUUCAAUAUCCACCCUGUCCCGCAAUUUACCACAACAUGGCGGACCUCAUAUGAAUUCCAGUUUUCCAGGACUCUGGACCCCGAUAUCAGACCAAAUGACCUUAAUGAACCCUUGGCUAGCAAACAGAGGCGCACAAUCGAAUGUCCUUGGAUUUCCUUUUGGCCAUUCUGCACCAGGUCUGUUUUUUCAUCCUUAUCGAAAACCCAAAAGGAUAAGAACGGCCUUCUCCCCUUCCCAGUUACUGAAGUUAGAGAACGCAUUUGAAAAGAAUCAUUAUGUUGUUGGCCAGGAGAGGAAGGAUUUGGCAUCAAGACUCAAUCUAUCAGAAACUCAGGUGAAAGUUUGGUUCCAAAACAGAAGAACAAAGUUCAAAAGAGUAAAACAUGAUGGCGAAUUAGAACAGGAAGACCAGCCCGGAAGUUCUCAGAAUGGAUAUGAGGAGGAUUAUGGGAUACUAAAUGUUACAGAAAACUCUGAUGACGAAAGUGACGACGAUGAUAUUUCUUAGAAAUAAACCGGAAACGAAACACC